AUGGCGUCUCCGUCGUCGACCACCACCACCAACGUGAUGCUGGCGAUCUACGAGAAGAAGACAAACUCUCUCGACUUCUAUCGUCCGCUGCGCAACUUCAUCGUGGUCAAUUACUCCGAGCGCGAGGCGCAGAAUCUGGAGGACGAUCUCGACACCUUGAAGCAGCUCCGCUCAGAUGUGGAGCGAGGCGGCGCCGCUGAUUCUCCGUCGGCGCGGCGUGACCUCCUGCAGAAUUACUAUAAAGCCCUCUGCGCGGUGGAGUCCAGGUUUCCGAUUUCGCCGGACAAGGAUCAUGUCAAUACGGUGUCGUUCACCUGGUUUGACGCGUUUAAGACUAAGCUGAAGGCUUCCCAGCAGAACGUACAUCUUGAAAAAGCUGCCGUGUUGUUUAAUUUGGGGGCAGUGCACAGUCAAAUGGGACUAAGUUUCGAUCGGUCUGCAGUAGAUGGAAGGAGACAGGCAUCACAUUCAUUUAUAGCAGCAGCUGGGGCAUUUGCAUUUCUGAGGGAUAAUGUGUCAAUGAAAGCCUCAGUCGGAAGUUCAACAACGCUGGAUGUUUCUGUAGAGUGUGUUGGAAUGUUGGAGAGGCUGAUGUUAGCUCAGGCUCAAGAAUGUGUGUAUGAGAAUACCAUUGCUAAGGGAAGCAGCCCUGGAGUCUGUUCAAAGAUUUCAAGACAGGUUGGGCUAUUCUACGAGGAAGCUUUGGCGGCAUUGAGUGUUGCACCUCUAAACCAGCACUUUGAAAAGGCCUGGAUUGCUCAUAUUCAGCUAAAAGCAGCUUUGUUUUACACAGAAGCUUGCUACAGAUAUAGUUUAGAGCUACAUGACAAAGAAGAAAUCGCAGAGGAAAUUGCACGCUUAAAAAGUGGGCUCAAUGCCCUUUCUGAGGCAAAAAAGUCAGCUCCCAGAGGGGCAGCCCAGCAGCUCUUGGAUGCAGUAAAUAAACUAGAAUCUAAUUUGAAUCGUAACCUGGAGAGGGCUAUGAAGGAGAACGACAGAGUGUACCUAAUGAGGGUUCCCCCUGCCAGUUCCUUAACACCACUUGCCACCUUCUCCAUGGUUAAACCAAUGCCAAUGAAUGAUGUAUUGGAUGCUAGCAAGGAGAAAAUGUUUGCAAGUCUUGUUCCUGAUAGUAGUGCAAAAGCCCUUUCAAGGUAUACCGAAAUGCUUGAUGACAUCAUUAGGACUCAGGCUGAGAAAUUACAGCAGGGUAGUGAACUAGCUCGGGUGAGACUGAAGGAAAUGGAGUUGCCUGAUUCUAUUCUUGCUUUGGAAGGGAAUUUCAAUCUGCCAACAGCUUUAAAAGAAGAUGUGGAGGCAGUACAGAUAUGUGGGGGCCCGGCUGGUUUGGAAGGUGAGCUUCAGCAACUGAAAGACCUAAGGAGGGUAAACCAUGAAAUGUUGGUACAGAUAGAGGAGCAGUUGCAGAAAGAAGCUACUGAGGAUUCACAGUUUAGAAACCAAUUUGGAACUCGGUGGACGAGGCCACAAUCCAGUACUUUAACAAAGAACUUGCAGGACAGGUUAAAUAGGUUUGCAGGAAAUUUGAAGCAAGCUGGAGAAAGCGAUGCUCGAAUUGAGAGAUCUAUGAGAGAAUAUUCAGCACUUAUGUCUAUCCUCGACGCCCGUCCGAUUGAAUCUGCCCUGCCAACUCUUGCUAGGCCAAUAAUGUCUCUGGAUGCAAAUGAAGAUGUUGUGGUUGGAUCCCUGAAGCAGAGCUUGCGACAAUUGGAGACUCUUGGUGCUCAGAGAGCAGGCCUUGAAGACAUGCUGAAAGAUAUGAAAAGAAAGGAUGAUAUACUGCCCAAAUUGAUGACCUCUACUGGCUCGCACGACGAUCUUUUCAGAAAAGAGAUAGCAAAGUAUGACAACAUUUGUGGAGAAAUUGCUCAGAACCUUGAAGCACAAGACCAACUACUAAUGCAUAUUGAGGCACAAAAUGACAAGUUUGCUGCUAUCUUUAACCUUGAAGAUUAUAAAGCAUCUCGUGAAAAGGGCUACAGACAGAUUGAAGCUGCCGUAGCUAAAUACCAAGAAAUUAAGGAGAACAUCAAUGAAGGACUGAAGUUUUAUGUUACCCUUCAGGACGCUAUCACAAUUGUAAAGCAACAGUGCAGUGAUUUUGUGAUGACUAGAAACAUCCAGUGCCGAGAGAUGAUUGAUGACGUUCAAAGGCAAAUAGCAGGCCUUAGUUUCCAGGAAGGCAAAAGCAAUGCUGGCUACUCUUACACGCCAGCUGGGCCGCCACCUCAUCAGGUUCAAAGAACGAAUUCUCAACAGCAGCAACAGGACCCUUCGAAUAUGCCCAACUCAUCUCACGCACAAGCCCCCACUUACCAGCCACCAGUGCCUUCUUAUGCUCAAACUCCUCCUCCAUAUACAACCCAACAACAGGUGCCGCCUCCCUACCACCAGCCCCCUUCAAAUCCAUACCCACCCCCCCAACACCAACAGGCUCCAGUGGGCCAUGAGUAUGGGCAGCCUGCAUAUCCUGGUUGGCAGGGGCCAUAUUAUAAUGCGCCAUCUCAGCAACCUGGAUCGAUGCCCCGCCCUCCUUACACUGCUCAAUCUCCAUAUCCGCCUCCCAACCACUCCAACCAGAGUGGCUACUACAGACAAUGAUGAAUUUUGCCGUAUGGUUAUAUGGUGAAGUUAAAUUCUAGACCUUGCUCUCAAAUUGGUUUUGAGUUAUUUACUUUAUACAAAUACAACCUGCGGCUCAUAUCCGGUGUUCAAGAAUUUGUGUGUAUAUGGUGCUAGUUUCCUCCCGUUACCUUCCCGUCUCCACAUUUUAUUACAUACAUAUAUUCAGAAGAACCUUGAUGCUUUUUUUUUUUUGUGAUGCUGGUGCAAUAUAGUUGUGUAAAACGACUACAUUUGGAUUUCCUGAGGUUAUGUUUGUUCAUAUAAAUUUUAUGUUGGUUGGGCUGUUCCUACCUUGAACAGUAAUUGAUCUCGCAAAUGUACUGUAUGCCUACAAUUAAUGAUUUCUGCAUUUCUUUGUAUUAAUUUGCUAAUAAGAUAUUUAUUGAUGUGGCAA